AUGGACCCGUUCGAAGUUCGAAUGCAGUUCCUCGCCUUGUUGAGGAAGCUGAACGCUUCCCAACAGUCCAUCCAGAAAGUCGUGGGCUACGCCCUGAAGUAUUAUUCUCGGUGUGGCGAGGACCUAUGGGAUUGCAUCGUUGAGGAAUGUCAAAAGGGCUCUAUUAACAACCGCAUCAACAUCCUCUACUUCCUCGACUCCUUAUGCGAAUCAUCACUCCUCGCCAAAUCCCACUCCGCCGCUAUGGGCACAGAGAAUGCGUCAAACAGCUCUUUCUACGUGGACUAUGUCACUCGGGACCUGAGCACGAUAGUGGAGAACGUCGUUCCAGAAGGUCGACAAGGUCUCCCCAACCUCAUGAGCACCAAACAGAUCCUAGAAAGCUGGCGAAACAAACGCGUCGUAGAACCUCAAAAAAUCGACGACGUAAUGACCGUCCUCUCCGCCCGGUCCUCCGCGACUUCCGACCUCGACCCAACCGGACCCACAGACCUCCCCUCCCCACUCGCCCACUCUUCCUCCCGCCCUUCAUCCUCUCACCACUUGACACACCAACCCGUUCCCCGUCAAGAAAUAUUCCGCCGCAUCGAAGAAGACCGGGAACGGCACAAGCGCCUCCGCGAACGCCGCUGGGUCCUCCCCGUCUCGCACAAAAACCCGCAACAAUAUCACACUUCGUUCCCGCAGUUAGCUUCGUUCAUGCCGAUGACGGACGAUGGGGAUGGAGAGGAGGAGUUGACGAUUGAUAUUGAAUUUGAGAAUGAGUGGGAGACGACGAGUGAUUGGAAUGAGGAUGAUGAUGAUGCGGUCGGGGAGGAGAACGAUCUGUGUUACCCAGGUGAGGGGGAGAUCACGAUGGACAUGUCGUGA